CGGACACCAAACAAACAUAUUGACACAACACAUACACACAACUACGAAAAUGGCAACAUCCUUCCAAUCACACAUCCACCAUAGCUUCGAACCUCACACCUCAGACCUCCUCUUCGGCGGACGCCGAGUCUCAGACAUUCUCCGGGAUGGAGACACCUCAAUCACCCGCCGCAACUCCCGCAAGUCCAGCACAGAUAACUCCGCCUUAACUGAGAUAGUGCAUUCACUUGCCAACCGCAGCAGCAGUGACAUUCUUCCCUCACGGAUCAUCGGAGCGGAUUAUGAGACUAUCUUAGAAUGGGUUAGCUCCGAGCGGAUGAGGAAGCUGCCGGCGGAGGGGAGCAGCUAUGAUAAGGUGCUGGUGUGGGCAAGGUUGUUUGUUGAGCGUUUGCAUUCGUUUGAUUUGGCUGUUGAGAGCUUCGCUGGGGAUAAUCAUAUGGCAGCGCAGUUGGCUUAUGUUCAUUGCGCAAGCUUACUCGGUCUCGGAGAAGAAAACUCCAGCGCCCUGCUCGACCUUUUCGGCUUCUUCUACCGCUGUUCUAUGGGCCUAGGCAACCUACUCGACCGUGCCGAACUAUUCAUCGUCUCACAGAAUAUCAGAGACCAGCUGACCCUGGCUUUGGCGGAUCUAGUCACCCUUGUCGUCGGGGUUUCUAAUCACUUCCUCGACUCGCUGGGACAGUUGACGUCUGGAUCUGUGUCGAUUGAUAUCUAUAGUACCUUUGCGGCACCUAUUGAGAGUUUCCGUACGAGGUGCGAGUAUGUUGCUGAGUUGAUGUGGAGCCAUCAGCUGGCACAGGAAGGCGUGGAUACCAAGGUGGCAAAGCUCGAAACUAUCAGGCAAUGGCUUGAACCUGAAGAUCCCGUGCUAGCAAAUAUCACCGAGAGCACCGCGCACUUCGCCCAGGAGCGCGAGGAAUCGACCUGUCUCUGGUUGAUGCCGUACCUCAACCGUUUCCUGAAAGGCGAGCAGCACACAAUGGCUAUCACUGGUCGGCCUGGGUCGGGCAAGUCCAUUCUGGCAACAGUCAUCAAUGACCAUCUGCAAUACCCGAUUGGGGGUGUGAACUACAAGUCGAUUUUUGUACCAAUCAAUAGUCGAGUUCCAGUCAACACAACCCCUCGCGCAGUUGCAAAAUCUAUCCUCUCCCAACUCUUCGCCGGCCGCAUCGGCAACGUCGACCUCUACCAAAUCCUCUCAGGCGCAUGUUCCCAGUCCCAAAAGCCAAUCGACAACGAAACAUACGACAAUACCCUCUGGACUGCCCUCGGAAAUGCCCUCCAAGCCAGCCUUAAAGGCGCUAAGGAACUCGUCCUCGUCAUCGAUGGCGUCGACGAAGCAAGCUGCGGCCAGUCCGCGCUGCUAACUCGGCUCCGGGAUGCAGCUGCCAACGCAUCCAAGCUCAAGCUGAUCGUGCUAGCUUCUGAGGAGGAAUCGGCAGCUAAGGCAUCCAAAGCGCAGACUACGGUGCAUAUCACUCCGGAACUAAUCUUCGACGACGUGGCUGCUGUCGUCCAGAGAGUCUUCCAGGAUUUUCCGGCAUUCGGCCAGAUGUCCGAGGAGCAGCGAGAGUUGAACGUCACCCGUAUCACAGAGGCUGCUAAUGGCUCGUUCCUAUGGGGGAAGCUCGCGACGAAGAAGAUCCGUGAUGAGAAUCAUCCUAACGCGGAGAGUCUGGAUAAGGCCAUUGACAGCUUGGUGAAAGCAAAUCUCUCCGUCUCAGAUCUCGUCUCUCAUCGUCUAGGAUCAAACUUGCCCGAAGACGGAAAGAAGAUUCUGUCCUGGCUCGCGAUUGCGUCCCGUCCGAUGACGCUACGGGAGUUAUCUGCUCUUCUCUCCGUGCAGUUGGACAAGGGCACCAUUGUGGAGCAGGAGAGUAACCCGCUGACUCUUCUGGAGCCGGUGACAUCACUGGUGCUCUACCAGGGUAACAUGCUCUAUCUGCGCCAUGGCCAGAUCCGUGCAGCUAUCACUGAUGCGUCCGCGAAGGGCUCCCUCUUACCCGCCAUCAAGAAUAGGCACGCGGAUUUGGCUCAGCGAUUGCUUCUCUACGUCAAGAGGAGCGUGGCAAACGGCAGCGAGCCAUCCUUGACGCCCUCGGAUGAACUGUCCACAACGACCCAAUUGGAGAAGUACCCUCUCCUGGACUUUGCUCUCCGGUACUGGGUGAACCAUGUGAAGACGGCAUUUGGCUGCACCACAGACCAGGAAAUCAACACUGCAAGCAAGGAACUCCGCCCCGUCAUGCCCACGACCCCAGCCGUGCCGCUGCUCGAAACGACCGUGUGGAAGAACAAGCCAACUCCGGCGCUGGUCAGCCUGCGUACGCUGGAGACCAGCAUCUACGAGCAAGUCUUCACCAGUAACCACGCAGCCACUCUACAAGCGGUCCUCUGCCAGGCUCUUGCUUUCCGGCCACUCUGGGACACGGCACAGAUACAGGCAACCCAGGUCUUCUACCACGCCGUGAAGACCUGCCAGAAUGUCCUCUCCGUGCAGCAUGUCAUCACCAUGCAAAUCACCAAGGAAUUCUUGGACAUCACCGCCAGCCGGGUCACGGCUUCCAAGACCGAUGUCAUGACGAAGCGGACCGAGAUGCUCCAGCUGCUGGUGGAAUGCUACAAGAUCCACUACGGCGCCACGAGCGAGAUGGUCGUUUCAGCAUCGACGCAGCUGUCGGAGCAUUAUAAGUCGAUCAAGGAAGAGCACAAAGCGCAGGAGGUCUUGAAUUCGAUUCAAGGAACCUCUACAGAGAGUCACCCCCGGUCGAAGUCUCUGACGACCGAUGAAUCGUUGCUUGUGCAGCUCCAUGGCCGUCGAGAAUUGAUUCAGGAAGGCACUAUUCUCGCGCUGGACGAAAAGGAAGAAGACGAUCUCCUUUCUUGGUCUUACAACUUCGACUCCAUGACCAAGCAGGCUGAGAAAUUUACUGCCGAGGGAAAUGUUAAGGUCGCGGAGCGCACGUAUGUCGAGAUCUGGCAGCGAACCAGCAGGGAUUUCCGUCUGGAACGAUCCUCGCAAUUGGAGUUGCAGAAUAUCAAGGCGACCCUGUUGUACUCCAAAUUCCUGCAAUCCCAGAAGCGAGACAAUGAGGCGUCUUCGGUUCUCUCGGGUUUCUGGGAGGAGUACGAGCACACCAUGUCCAGCUCGGAAGCCGUGGCAUCGCAGUUGAUGGAAGUCGCCAAGGUCAUGAAGUCCGUUGGACUGUCGUGUACGGCUCUCAACGUGUUCAAGAAGUGCGCCCAGAACGUCAACCAGCAGAGUUCCCUGCAUAAAGAGCUCCAGAACCUUGCCCAGUCCACUUCCAAGGAAGUCAUGCAGAGCGCGGGCACAUCGACAUCGACAAUGACCGAGUCGAGUUUGCAGGAGAUGGUCUUUGGCAGCACAUCUGCAUCCGCAUCCAAGAAGGACCAAUUCUCUUCCACGGCCACAACCGCGCUUGUCCAGAUGUACAUCUCCCAGCACCGCUGGCGCGACGCCACCAAGACCCUAAAGAAGAUCCUGCUAGUAAUCUGGUCCGCGCUAUUCGUCCCCUCAGUCCACGACGUCGUCCUCCCAUCCGAGAACGUCGAACACUGCGUGGAUCUUUCAGAAAGCCUGAAAGACUGCUACCGCUACCGCCACCGCUCAGCCAAAGAAGAAGACAUCUGUCUUCGUCUCUACCACGCCGUCCGCCGUUCUCGACCAGCCGGCGACAAACUGCUCGACCGGGUGACCAAGGAUCUCCUCCGCGUGUACGAGCGCACGUCACAGACGGAGAAACUCAUCCCCAUCCACCAGGAUAUCCUGAAUAACUAUAGCAAGCGGUUUGGGGAGGGACAUCCGACUGUGCUCCGGGAGUUGCGGAUUUUGGCUGAGAUGACGCAUUCGCGCGCGGAAUCGGUUGACUAUUAUUCGCGCAUUUUCAAGGUUUUGAAUAAAGACUCGAACAUCUGCCACCGGGAUGCGUUCGAGCCGCUGCUUAGUGUCGUCACGGAAUUGUUCAAUCAGGGACGGUUCUUGGAUGCGUUGCAGCCGUUUACGGUAUUGUUCAAUACCCUGCCGCACACGGACGUCAGCCCUAAGCUUCAGGAUCAGACGUUCGUGAAGUCGGUCUUUGAUAACUACGUGCAGUGUCUGCGAUUGGUCCAGGGAGACGUCCAUGUUAUUCAUGAUGUGGCGGCUCAGUAUCGCAAGACGUGCACGACUGUCUUUGGAACAACGGCUUCAAUCACGAUUCAGGCCACGCAGACGCUGGCGAACAUCUGUCGCGAAUCUACAAAGUAUGAGUCCGAAGCAGUGCAACUCUACGAAGAACUGCUCAAGACGCAGUCGAACGAAGUAGAGAUCGAUCAUGAGGACAUCCGGGCAACGCUGGAUGCGAUCUACGAAGACCAGUGUGCUUCUGUCUCCUCAUCCACAGAGUCCGUCUCCAAAGAACAGAUGCAGAAGGUGAUCUCGGUCCGAAGUCGACGUCUAGCAACUACUCGGUCGACCUACGGCUGGGCACACCAAGACUCGCUCUCGCAGAUGGACGAGCUUGUUUCCCUAUAUGCCAAACGAGGUGAAACACACUCCGCCGUCUCGCUUCUCCAAGAAACAGCCAUCCAGGUGCUGGUGACAGAGACCUCAACCACGAAGCUGACCGCUGCCGCCAAACACAUCGCUUCCAGUUUUAUAGAGACAGGUCAGGUCCACCGCGCUAAGGAACUCUCGCAGGAGAUCUAUCGCCAGAUCGUCGCCAAGGAUACCGUGAACAUUAGCACGGCCAAGUUUGAUUUGACCGUCAAGCAUCGCCGGACUCUGGCCUUCCUGGCUCAAUUCGAGUACAGUAUCCGCGAACGGGAGGAGUCGUCGUUGACCGUGAACGAGAUCUAUUCCUCGCUCACGGCUGAGUAUCUGUACUUUGAGCAAUUCAGGGCGGAAAUCAGCUCCGCAAAGGCGAGCAGCUUCCAGAGCAUUAUCGGAACUGUUUCUCGUCUGCAUGGAUUCCUCCGUUCCAGAAGUCGAUGGUCACCUGCUGCAAGACUCGUGGACCAGUUCACCAACUACUUCGUCUCAACGCAGAACGAGAAGAUCCAAGUGAGCGCAGGCCAAGCAAAGGUCUUCAUCAGCGCGCUCCUAGAAUACUUCAGCACACACACAUCCCACGACUUCCUCCGCUCCGUCGCAAUCGCCAGCUACAACCGCGUCGAACAUCAUCUCUCCUCCAAAGACUACCAAUCCGCCUCCGACCUAGCCCUAACCUCCUUCAAAUUCAUCCGCGCUCACGACGGCUUCUCCUCCUCCGUCUCAACCAUAAAACUAGGCUUCAAGCUCGGCCUCGCAGUCUCCGGCCGCGACAUCCAACCCCGCCCCGACCCCCCAACUCGCAAAAACAUGCUCAGUACCUCCGCAAUCAUCAUGACCGAUAUCCUGGGCCACUGCAAGCUCAAGAAAAUCGACCUCUCCCAGCUCGACCUCCUCAACCUGAAUAACCUAAUCGGCCUUCUCGACGAGCAGAAGGACUACAACACACUGGAAUGGGUUCUCUCCUCAUUGUGGAAUAGCCGCGAGCGUCACGCCCCCUGGCAACAACAAUCAUCUUACACCCUCGCCCUCGGCCGCAUGCUUGUAAUCACCCGCUACCUGGUCGGCGAUUACAUGGCUGCUAUUCGGCUGGCUGAGGACAUGGUGUACAACAGCGCUCGCGUACACGGGCCCCGCCAUACGAGCUCCAUCGAAAUGACCAUUCUCCUCUCGCAGAUGUACACCAGCGUCGCGCAGGGGUACCAGAACCAGAAAGACCGCCGCGACCUCGCGUACAGAUACUACCGCAAAGCCGCGGGCCUGCACGAGAACGCCCUGCGCGUCUUCAUCGACCCUAGCGCCACCGAAAUGCUCGACACUGCUUCCUCGGGCUCCGAGUCCGAACCGCCCAGCCCCGGAGAAGGGGUCGAAGAGCAGACGGGAAAAUAUGUCCGGAAGCAUCUGCAUCUGCUUAAACUUGCUGUUGAGCGGUUGGGGAACUGGCCCAAGGAGUACUCUGAGUAUGAGAGGUUGAGUUCGGAGCUGUUUAGUGCGUUUGGGAGUGAUUUGAAGGGGAUUGAGGGGGUUGAUAAGUGGAAUUUGAAGAAUUUUGGGUCUGGGAGGGCGGAGGCGAGUGAUGAUUUGAUUUCGGUCAAGUCGUAUCCGGGGAUGGGGUUGGAGGGACAUGCUGUUGCUGUUUGAUUUUGGGGGGGUUGAGGGAUUAGGAUUUGAGAAAAAGUUUUCUGUAUUUCUUAGUUAGUCCUUUGUCCGAAUAAAACUCUCCUUAAACAUUAUCAAUUAAUCACUGCCCUAAAGCAAAC